AUGGCAUUGAAAGGUACUUUGCAAAAGUCAACUUCUAAAUUUUUGUUUGCAGAAGCUGAAGAAGAUUUUGUUGACUUUCUUUUUGGCUUCUUUGCAAUCCCUUUAAGGACAAUAAUUGGCAAGUUGAUGAAUGGUAUAACUUGUGUUGAAAGUUUGGACAACUUAUUUGCAAGUAUUUCAAAGAUGAUUGUCGGAAAAGGUUUGAAGUCAAACAAAGUCAAGGAUGUGCUUCUCAAACCUCAGUUGGAACAGAAGUAUCUUUCGCAAAACCAGAUUUUUCCGCUUGAUAUUUCAAACGGCCCUAUGUUAUACCUUUAUACCUAUAAGAUUGAUUCUGAUUUUUUUGCUUGUGUUACAUCUGGUACUAAGUAUGGUGAUAAAGCAGAAGAACGGUUUAUAGAAUUACUCGUAGAAUAUAAACAUCCCCAAGGAGGAUUUUGGAAGGCAUCUACUAAGUUUAUGUUGAUGGAUGAUCUUGUUGUAACGCCUUUAUCUUCCUUUUCAACCAUUUCUUUUCUGAAUAAGUUGAAAGUUCCAUUCAAUGAUAUUGUGGAACAUGAAUUAAGUAUCAGCAUUGAAGAGGGUUUGAAGAUUUUGAAAGCAUCGUUGAAAUCUUCUUCGCACUGCUUGUCGACAUUGACAGAUGAUUUACUCAAAGAAAAUGACCAAAAACGGAAAUCUUCAAAAGAGUAG